AUGGGAAGCCAAACGAAACCUUUCCGCUCUGCUGAUGCGUCGUUUAUGGAUUACGUCGCAUACGGGCAGAGAAGUGACGUUUUCUUUAGUGGCCAAACGAAUCAACCGGCUGCUCCGCGGCAGUCUAUAAACCCAUCGAAUGUAUUCCCACCGAUCGGUACCUUCAGUCUCGAAUCAACCACGAUGGCCGCCCCCACUCAGGGCGUUUUCGGUGGCAAUGACGCCAUGGGUGUGCUGGGUACCUCUGGUACUACUGGCUCGAUCGGGGUGUUCAAUGCCAACGCCAUCAUGAACGUUCCAAAUAACAUGGGUAACGCGAACAAUUCUUACUCCAAUGCCCAAAACAGCAACGGCGUUGAUACAAGCCAGGGAACGCGCGAGACCGGUAUUAUUGAAAAAUUGCUGCAUUCGUACGGGUUUAUCCAAUGCUGCGAACGACAGGCUCGACUCUUCUUCCACUUUUCGCAAUUUGGAGGCAACAUCGAACAUCUGAAGAUUGGCGAUCCGGUUGAGUUUGAGAUGACGUACGACAGGCGAACCGGAAAACCAAUCGCCAGCCAGGUCACGAAAAUCGCUCCGGAGGUGGUACUGUCGGAGGAACGCGUGACCGGCACCGUUACGACUGAGUUGAAGAGUGACUCGGCUACACCCGGGAACACUAGCUCUUCCACUUCGAGCGACACAACGACCGGGCGUAUUAGCUACGAAAAUCGUGGCGAGUGCUUCUUCCUACCCUAUACCAAAGAUGACGUCGAAGGAAACGUGUCCCUGCGUUCGGGUGAUAAAGUUAGCUUUCAGAUAGCGACGAAUCAAAGAGGUAACUUGGGAGCAUGUCACAUUCGCUUGGAAAAUCCGGCUCACCCAGUCAAAUACCGUGGUGUAGUUUGUUCGAUGAAGGACACGUUUGGAUUCAUCGAACGGGCGGAUGUGGUAAAGGAGAUCUUCUUCCAUUUUUCCGAGGCGGAUAACACUAUCGAACUUCGUCCUGGUGAUGAUGUGGAAUUUAUCAUCCAAACCAGAAAUGGCAAAGAGGUAGCUUGCAAUAUUGCUCGCUUGCCCCCCGGAUCGGUAAUAUUUGAGGAUGUUGACACCACCAUCUACAAAGGGCAGGUACUGAAACCAUUAGAUCGUAAUAAUCCGACACGUCAGCAAACGAACGAUCCGCUGCCAGGACGCAUUCGAUAUCGUGCUGCCGAUCAUUCGGAGGUAGAAGUGCCAUUUGGAGACAAGGACCAGAAAGGCGAUUACACGCUUCGCCACGGUGAUUGGGUACAGUUUCUGCUAGCUACCGAUCGUCGUGAUCAGUUGCAACGGGCCACAUCGAUUUCCCUGCUGGAUGAAACAUUCCAAGUGAGCGGCGAGAAACGCGAGCAAGGCGUUGUGGCGUCGCUAAAGGAAGGUUUUGGAUUUUUACGCUGCGUCGAACGCAAUGUUCGGUUGUUUUUCCACUUUACUGAGGUGCUAGACACGAGCCGCGAAAUUAGCAUUGACGACGAGGUAGAAUUUACUGUCAUACAAGACCCUGGUUCAAGUUUCGCCAACAAUCGCCAGAGCGCAAUACGAAUUAAGCACUUACCCGUUGGGACGGUAAAGUUCGAGACGUUGAUUGAGAACAAUGUCGAAGGCAUUGUGUCAAGAGAGGCACCCAAAAGUCCCAUCAAAUCACAGGAACGCACCGAGGGUGGAGUUAUUACCUACGUUCAAGGGUCUAUUAAAAAGACUAUUAUGUAUUUCUUGAAAGAUUGUGAUAAGCCACCGCGCGUGGGUGAUAAAGUCAGAUUCAAUAUUUGUCAGGUGAAACGUAACAAAGAAUUGAUCGCGACAAACAUUGUGGAGAUCAGUUCUAAUACGCAUCAGGCUCAGCAAUUGCAACAACUACAACAACAACAACCAUUGCAGCAACAACUGCAACAAUCUUCUAUUUCAAUUGAUACGCAGCUUUCUUCGAUUGCUUCCGUUCAAUCUAUGCAAUCGCCUACAGCAGGACUUAGCAAUGGCACCAGAACGAACGGCAAUUCCGUUUUGAAAUCUAACUACACCAAUGGAAAUAUAAAACCGGGAAAAAUUCAUCAUGGAUUCAUCGCAGUAUUGAAGGAAAAUUUUGGUUUCAUCGAAACUGUUGAGCAUGAUCAGGAAGUGUUUUUCCACUUCAGCAAUUUUGUUGGCAAUAGCAACUCGCUGGAAUUGGGUCAGGAAGUGGAAUAUACGCUCUCCACUCGUAAUGCCAUUAAUGCGGGCAAUUGCAUUCCGGCGGAGAAUGUAAAAGUGCUACCGAAGGGAACUAUUCAGCAGCCGAAAGUUCUUCCGGCAAGCUUCAAUGGGUCUGUGUUGCGUCCGUUGCGCUGUAUUAAUCCAGACCAAGUUGAGUAUAGUGGUUUGGUGCAGGUGAAGAACGAUAAUGGAGACACACUUUCGACCCAUGAGUUUGGUAUUACUAGUUUGAAAAAUCAUCGUGAUCUUUUGCAAAAAGACGAUGUGGUGACAUUCAAAAUCGACGAACUAAAUCGUGCAAUGGAGAUUGCUCCCGUUCGAACCAAAAAGCAAGCUAAGGUAGAUUCCAUCAAGGGGCAGUUUGGAUUCUUAGACUUCGAGGUAGAUGAAGGGAAAAAACUGUUUUUCCAUAUGUCUGAUGUUCAAGGCAACGCCAAUCUCUAUCUCGGCGAUACGGUAGAGUUUUCAAUCGUUACUAACCAGCGAAAUGGGAAAACUUCUGCGUGCAACGUUGUUAAACUAAAUGAUGCCAAUGGACCACGUCCAGAGCGAUUGAUUUCUCGUAUCAAGUUAAACUCCGUUGACGAAAGCGGACCACGUCUGACUGUCAUUCGUGCGCCUAAAGGACCUGAUGGUACUAAAGGCUUCCAAGCAUCUGCCAGAUCUCCUCGUUUGGUUGGUAAGUAG